AUGCCUCCGCGGCCCAGAGGAUGCCUCCGCGGCCCAGACGAUGCCUCCGCGGCCCAGACGAUGCCUCCGCGGCCCAGACGAUGCCUCCGCGGCCCAGAGGAUGCCUCCGCGGCCCAGAGGAUGCCUCCGCGGCCCAGAGGAUGCCUCCGCGGCCCAGAGGAUGCCUCCGCGGCCCAGAGGAUGCCUCCGCGGCCCAGAGGAUGCCUCCGCGGCCCAGACGAUGCCUCCGCGGCCCAGACGAUGCCUCCGCGGCCCAGACGAUGCCUCCGCGGCCCAGAGGAUGCCUCCGCGGCCCAGAGGAUGCCUCCGCGGCCCAGACGAUGCCUCCGCGGCCCAGACGAUGCCUCCGCGGCCCAGAGGAUGCCUCCGCGGCCCAGACGAUGCCUCCGCGGCCCAGACGAUGCCUACGCGGCCCAGACGAUGCCUCCGCGGCCCAGAGGAUGCCUCCGCGGCCCAGACGAUGCCUCCGCGGCCCAGACGAUGCCUCCGCGGCCCAUACGAUGCCUCCGCGGCCCAGACGAUGCCUCCGCGGCCCAGACGAUGCCUCCGCGGCCCAGAGGAUGCCUCCGCGGCCCAGAGGAUGCCUACGCGGCCCAGACGAUGCCUCCGCGGCCCAGACGAUGCCUCCGCGGCCCAUACGAUGCCUCCGCGGCCCAGACGAUGCCUCCGCGGCCCAUACGAUGCCUCCGCGGCCCAGACGAUGCCUCCGCGGCCCAGACGAUGCCUCCGCGGCCCAGAGGAUGCCUCCGUGGCCCAGAGGAUGCCUACGCGGCCCAGACGAUGCCUCCGCGGCCCAGAGGAUGCCUACGCGGCCCAGACGAUGCCUCCGCGGCCCAGACACCAGCAGACACCAGCAGCCACAUCCAGGGGAGAUGA